UAAAACAACAACUGCAGAUGUAAUUCACUUGCUUUAAAACCUUUCAUGUUCAAUGUCUUUUCAUAAUACAUUUGAAUGUAAUUUCAUUAUAAACCUGGACGUUGUACGCAGGGAAUGGAGCUCAAUAACAUUUGUCUCAGCGCCGGAGAUCACCUGACCUUCAAAGGGUUGAUUCUGCCCGAUGCUCAAAGGUUCCAGUUUGACCUCGGCAGUAGCAGCAAUGACUUGGCGUUCCAUUUCAACCCUCGUUUCCAUGACGACGAUGAUGGAGCCGUGCUCAUUUGCAACUCCAAGUGUGAUGGUUGCUGGGGCGAUGAGAAGCGGGAAAGUCAUAAUCCUCUAAAGCAAGGCGAGGAGGUCAAGAUUGUGUUGAAGUUUACGGGAGACAUGUUUAAGGUGGAACUUCCUGGUGGACAGACAGUUGAGUUCCCAAAUCGCGAAGGAGCCAGCUUCAUCAGCUAUGUCAGCGUGAAAGGAGACCUGCAGAUCUCUUCCUUUAAAAUCAAGAACUAUGGCUACUAACUUGAAUGGUGACACAAAUAGACUGAAUUCAA